AUGUUUGACUAUUCAGCACAAAGCAUCGGCCAUGUGCUCACGAUUGUUAUUGCAUCCCCCUUUCUCUACCUAGCCUGGUGUAUAUUCUACAAUCUCUUCCUUCAUCCUCUUCGCUCCUAUCCAGGUCCUCUGCUAUGGCGACUGUCCAAAUUCCCAUCUGCAUACUAUGCACUGCAGGGCACGCUCGACAAGAAGAUGCUCCAAGUUCAUAGGAAAUACGGCACAGAGGUUCGCAUCGCUCCCGACGAGCUUAGUUUCUCUGAUGCACGCGCCUGGAAGGAUGUGCAUAUGGCAAAACCAGAAUUCACAAAAGACCGGCGCAUGAUCCAGUAUCCCCCUAAUGGUGCACAUAAUAUCCUCACAGGACCUCGUGAGGAGCAUGCUCGAUUUCGGCGUCUGCUUUCCUACGCCUUCUCGGACAAGGGUUUGCGUGAGCAGGAACCACGAAUCAAGCGCUACGUCGACCUUCUCAUGACCAGACUUCGCGAAGACGCAGACAAACCAGCUUCAGUCAACGUUGUCGAUUUGUUUACGAUGGCAGUAUUUGAUAUCGUUGGCGAGCUGGCCUGGGGAGAGAGUUUCCACGGUCUCGAAGAACGGGGCGUUCACGAAUGGAUUCCAGCGAUCCUCGCUAAUGUCAAGUAUGUAUCUCAGACUGUUAUCCUCAGAGGACUUGGAUUGGAGCGGUUUACUUCGUAUCUCGCGGAUCCCGAGCUCUUGAAAGGUCGGAAGAAGAACUACAUGCUGGCAGCGGGCCUGGCCAGUAAGCGAGCAGAAUAUAAAGGCGAGCCUCGCGGUGACUUCUGGGAUCGAGUUCUCAUCAAAAGCGAGGGCGACAAGGCGGCCACUGAGGGAAUGACUACCGCCGAGAUGAUCAACAACGCCAGUGUGCUGGUGCUGGCAGGCGCCGAGACCAGUGCCACGACUCUUAGUGGAGCAACGUAUCUCCUGCUGAAGCAUCCAGAAGUCAUGAAGAAGGCAGUCCACGAGAUCCGAACGGCUUUCAAGAGCGAAGAAGAAAUCGAUAUCCAUUCUGUGAGUCGCCUGGCGUAUAUGCUGGCCGUUCUGGAUGAAUCGAUGCGAAUCUAUCCGCCGGUGUCACAGCAGAUCCACCGAGUACCACCGUCCGGUGGAGGAAUGGUCUGUGGCAAAUGGGUUCCAGACACCGCAUCCCUCCGCCUUUGUCCAUUAGCAAUGAAUAAGACUGAGUCCAACUUUGCGCGACCGGAUGAUUUCGUGCCAGAACGGUGGCUCGCUGAUGCGCCUGCGGAAUUCUCCAACGAUGUCAAACACGCCUUCCAACCAUUCUCGCUGGGUUCCAGGAACUGCAUUGGACGUAAUCUCGCAAUCGCCGAGAUGCGAUUGAUCCUGGCCAAAAUAUUGUUCAACUUCGAUCUGGAGCUCGAUGACGAGAAGACAGGAGACUGGUUCGACCAGCAGAGCUAUGGUAUCUGGUGGAAGGGGCCGCUGUGGGUCAAAUUCUCACUGGCGAAGCGUGUAUGA